AUGCAACUCCAAAAAACCCUCGUCAUCAUCGCCUUUUUCGCCACCAGUGCACAAGCCUGGUGGAGAAACGCAUAUUGCAAUAAGCCCAACGCUAAUGAUGGCGACGACAAAGUAGCCACCGAAAAGGCAUGCGGACUAGCGAGGACGGCCGGUUGUAACGAUUGUAGGAUUUCGGGCUACUGCUUUAGCGAUCACACCAGCAUCAACCCAGACACUUGGAAUGGAUAUUGCACAAACUCAGGUGCCCCUAGUGGAGGCGGCUAUUGA